UAACUUGUGUACAUGUUACAUAAGUUGUACUGCUAAAGAGGGGUGGGGCUGCUUGACCUGCAAAAAAGGGGCUGGAGCUGCUUAAAAUUGCACACAGUUCACUGGAGCUCUGUAAGUUCACUCCCUCCACUGUAUUCUACCAGCCAGCAAGAGAAAGAUGACGACACUGCGGCAGUUCCGAUGUGACGAUUUGUUCAAGUUCAACAAUGUGAACCUUGACCCCUUGACGCACACAUUCGAUCUUGCCUCCUACCUACAUUACAUGUCAAGGUGGCCAGAAUACUUCCAAGUGGCCGAGUCUCCCACUGGCAAGAUAAUGGGCUAUGUUAUGGGCAUAUCAGAAGCCCGAAAUAACAAAUCCUCCGAUUGGCAUUGUCGUGUGUCUGCUAUCUCGGUGAGCGAGGAGUAUCGCCGCCUCGGAGUUGCCGGGAAACUAAUGCAAUUUCUAGAGGAUGUUUCAGAACGUAAAAAGUGCUAUUUUGUCGAUCUGUUUGUCCGAGUUUCAAACGUGGUUGCCGUGGAAAUCUACAAGAAGAUGGGCUAUGUGGUGUAUGGAACAAUGCCAGAUUACUAUUAUACAGAAAAGAGCAACAAGUAUAAGGACUAUACAAAAAAGAGCGACGAGGAUAAGGACUGCUAUACUGAAACUCAGCUGAAACACUGGAUGAGCGUAUGGUUAUCAGAGUGGGAGUCAAAAAACUCACAACAACAGCAGAGCACGAGCUAUUGGAAGUGUUUGCAAGUACGAGAGAUCAAGAGAAUCGAAGAUGGUUGUUAUAUGAGGAGAGCUCUGAGUUGGGACGUCGAUAAGAUAUCGAAAAAGCAACCAACUCAAGAGGAGAUAGCUGAGCUGGAACGUGGUUUUACUAAUGAAUUUAAAAUAAACUUCAAAGAAUGUAUGCCAUCCGAAGAAUUCAUGCAACUGCACUGUUGUAAUGCAUUUAACCAAGAGUUCAUUAGACAUUAGGAUGAAUGAACUAUAACGAACUCUUGAUGUAAUUGGAUUUUUGCUUCACUUGUAUAGUUGCCCUCUCUUUGUAUGACUGUGCUUUGUAUGAAUUGCUUUUUAU